AUGCCGCCAAAGAAAACGAAGGAGCUCCAACGAGCCAAGACGGCGCGAGUUUCGCAGAAGAAGAAGGAGCAUUCGGUCACACGAGCUGGCCGGAAGAAAGCAACGCAGCCGAGCAAGGCGCCGAGGGAGGACGUGCAAGCAUCGACGACCGCACCAGUGCCGCCGGCUAUCGAUCCAUGGGACCAGGCGCGAAAGAUACUCCACGUGAGCUCGACGCCCUCGUGGCUCCCAUGCAGGGAGGAGGAGUUUGCGGAACUGGAGGGGGCCUUGACGGAGUCGAUCUCGGAAUCGAGCGGAUGCUGCUUAUACAUCUCUGGCGUACCCGGAACCGGGAAAACGGCAACGGUCCACAGCGUCAUCAGCUCUUUGCAAGAGAAAGUACGCGAUGGCCAGCUCAAUCCGUUCAAGUUCUUCGAAAUCAACGGGAUGAAAGUCACCGAACCGAGCCAGACUUUCAUCUUAUUCUGGGAAUUCAUCUCGCAACAUCUCCUUGCAGACGAUUCCAACUCGCCUCCAAAGCGUACCUCGGCGCGUGAAGCACUCAAAAACCUGGAGCAGUAUUUCAAUUCUCCUUCUCCAGACAGAGAAACUUGCGUAUUACUAGUUGAUGAACUGGAUCAGCUAGUCACCCGGAAGCAGGAGGUGAUCUACAACUUUUUCAAUUGGCCGAACCAAGCCCACUCAAGAUUGAUAGUGAUUGCGGUAGCCAACAAGAUGGACUUACCAGAGACCGAGUUAAAUGGCAAGAUCCGAUCGCGACUAGGCUCGAACCGGAUCCAAUUCAAGCCGUACAACCACCACCAACUGAUGGAAAUCCUAGAGACCCGAUUAUCCGAACUCCAAGACUUGGUGUUUGUGAAGGAUGCGGUCCAAUGGGUCUCUAAGAAAAUCUCCUCCCUCACCGGCGACGUGCGGAAAGCACUCGAUCUCUGUCGAAGUACCUUGGAGAGGGUCGAGAAGGAGAACGAGAUCCGCAAGGAAAACGGCGAAGAGGCUCGGUUGAUUCAAGUCAAAGAUGUCAUCGAUACUUAUGAAGAGAUGAUAUCCUCGGGAGUGUCCAGAUUCAUUAGACAGUUGAGCCCUCAUCAGAGUAUCAUGCUCUUAUCGAUCUCAAAGGCAAUCAAGGUCGCCGGGAUACCCGAGGUGGAACUGGGCGACGUGAUCUCCCGACACAUCCGGCUUGCCAAUACCUUAGGCUUUCAACCUGAGCCGACUCACGAGGAACUGAUGAUGGUUAUCUCGAGCUUGCAAAACAUGAAGCUCAUCCUCAACGAGUCAAGCUCGUUCGAUUACUUUUCUAGAAUCAAAUUGGAAAUCAAAGAUAGCGAUCUGACGUUGAUCACCAAAAAUGAUAAACGUUUUUCUAGCAUCACCAUCUAA